GUACAACUGAACUCACUAAACAACAUAAAAAAAGAAAAAAAAAAAAAAAGAAAAAAGAAAAAUGGCCACAUUUGAUGCCAAGUCUACAGUGUCUGCCGCGUCUGAUGUUUUCGAAAUCGGAAAUUAUCAAGUUACCACAUCCACAGUAAGAACUUCAAAUGUCUCGAGACCUCCUACGGAACUCUUAAUACUUUCACCCGCCGUAAAGGGAACUUAUCCAGUGCUGCUCUUUUGCCACGGCUUCAUGCUAGCCAACACGAAUUACACCACCCUCUUGCAGCACAUAGCUUCCCAUGGCUACAUCGUUGUUGCUCCUAAGUUCUAUGGCCUUAUAUGGAUCUCAAUUCCCGAGGAAGUCAAAAGAGCUGCCCAAGUCACAGACUGGCUAUCGACGGGCCUCCCCAGCGUCCUACCCGAAAAGGUCAAUGCUGACAUGGAGCAAUUAGCUCUCUCAGGCCACAGCAGGGGUGGGAAGACUGCAUUCGCCCUAGCAAUCAACCGAAAAUUAACCACAACAAACCCAAGUUUCAAAGCCUUAAUCGGUAUCGACCCAGUGGCUGGCUCUUCUCCCUCAUCCUUGCCUGACCCCAAAAUCCUCGAAUUCAUUCCGCGUAUAUUUGAUAUAGCGAUCCCUAUCUCUAUAAUCGGGACCGGAUACGGCAACCAGUCACUGGGGCUAUUCCCGCCAGGCGCUCCUGACGGUGUCAACCACUCGGAAUUCUUCAACGAGAGCAAGCCGCCCGCGUGUUAUUUUCUGGCCAGGGAUUACGGGCAUUGUGACAUGCUCAAUGACAGGGUGGAUAGGACGGCUGCAAUGAUAAGAAGCAUGUUGAAAAGCGGGAAAGGCUCCAAGGAUCUUAUGAGGAGAAGUGUUGGUGGUAUUGUGGUUGCGUUUCUGAAAUGUUAUUUGGGAGGUGGUGGGGAGGAUCUGGAGGCCGUUGUGGCUGAUCCUAGUAUUGCGCCGAUAUCUCUUGACCCGGUUAUUCAUGUCAAGGAGUGAAGAAAUUAAUAAGGGUAUAAAUUAUGGGGUUUGAACUCAUCACAAUAUUGUUGUGCAUGUCAGUGAAAGAAUCUUGGCUGCAAUUCAUGGUAAUGUAUGGAGACUGCUGCUGUUACCAUAUUAUGUCAUAAUAGAACAAGCCCUGUGUUUUUAUAAUAGUUGCAUGAAUGUUAUUGUUUCUUUACUGUAAUAAAAUAAGACAGUUGUGUGAUGGGCCUUUUAUUUUAAUUUAAACAAUUAAUGUUAGAA